GCUGUAAGCGCGGCGGGACGACAACAAUGCAUAUUGGACUCAUGUAGUAUCAACCCAUCUUGUCGAGAACCUCGUGUAAUAAUUGUCGGCGCUGGUAUGGCAGGUUUAUCGGCUGCGAAUAGACUUACUCAAUGUGGGAUCCGAAAUUUUGUGGUCUUGGAAGCAAAGGAAAGACCAGGAGGACGAAUUCAUUCUUGUUGGUUGGGUGACGCCAUUAUUGAAAUGGGCGCUGAAUGGAUUUAUGGAGCUUGUUUACCUAACUCUGUGUAUACGUUAGCUUCGCAAGACAGAUUAUUGCAGACUCCUUUGCAGCGUUUGGAUUCAACGAAAGGCUUAUUUUGCACGAGUGAAGGUCGUGCAAUAGAUUUACCAGUAACAAUAACGGCAUAUCAUACUUUUAGACAAAUAGAGCAACAGGCUGCAAAUUUAUUUCGAUUUGGCUGUGAAAGACAACACGGUACACUCCUUAACUUCGUAGGAUUACGGAUACAACAAGAGUUACACAAUUUUCCAGAAGAUCAAAGAUAUGAUGCUGCUAGAGUUAUGUUUGGCUUAACAAAUAUAUUAAGAAAUAAAUGCGGAGAUGACUUAUCUCUUGUUAGUGCUGAUCAAUAUGGUAGUUAUAUUGAGUUACCAGGUGGAAGCGUACGGGUUCCAUUAGGAUAUGUCGGAGUAAUUGCACCUUUGUUGCGAGGUUUACCUGAUAACUGUAUUCGUUACAAUAAAGCAGUAAAUGUUAUACGUUGGGGUAAGGGUCAAACGGGGCAAGGCCGAGUUUUAGUUAAGUGUUGUGAUGGUGAAGAAUUAUACGCUGAUUAUGUUAUUAUUACAGUUUCCCUGGGAUGCCUUAAAUGUCAAGCUGAUAAGCUUUUUGCUCCACCUCUUCCAACGUGUAAAUUAGAUGCUAUUUGUAAUCUAGGUUACGGUCUAAGUAAUAAGGUAUUUUUGGAAUACGCAGAGCCAUACUGGGUUUGUCAUGAAGGCAAUUUAAAACUUGCAUGGUCAGCCGAAGAGUUACAAUGUAGAUGCGAUUGGACUCGUGGCGUGUGUGCCGUUGACGAAAUGCCAGGUAGUAAACAUGUCUUAUGCGCAUGGAUAUCGGGACAAGAAGCUGCAGUGAUGGAGUCUAUGCCAGAAAAUGAUGUCGCAGAAGGUUUGACAAGCUUAUUGCGAAGAUUUACGGGUAACCCAUGUCUACCAUAUCCACAAAUGUUAUUGCGAUCGAGAUGGGCACUGGAUCCUCAUUUUUGUGGAUCUUAUUCAUAUAUGAGUUGUUGUUCAACUGUGAGUCAUCAAUGUGAACUUGGCACUCCGGUUCCUGGGCCUUGUGAUUCGCAACCUCCCAUUCUUUUAUUUGCUGGAGAAGCAACUGUUCCUGGUCAUUUCGCUACCGUCCAUGGUGCUAGAUUAAGUGGUGUCCGCGAAGCAGAACGAAUUAUACAAUUAACUAAGAAAUUCGAAGGUCCUCCGCGUUGUUAA